UUUUUUGGGGAAAUACUUGUUUUGGUCAAAUGAAAUACUUAUACGGUGCUUCUGUGUUUUUCUGUGUAAAAUGGGAUUGAAUAACUCAAAAUUUAAUCACAAGGUGACGAAGGUUGCACCUCUUGAAAUUAAAGAUGACCACAUUGCACAGACUGCCAACCUGCUUGUCAAUAGAUUGGACAGUUUUUCGACAUUUGGAGGAUUAGAUCAGAAAAGGGAAACAUGGGAACGAGAGCUCCCCCCACUACGAGAAACCCUGUAUGGACGCAGUGUACCAGUCCCCAGACCGAUUCCACUUGACCUGCCUAUGGAAAACAGAGAAACGAAUAGUAUUAUAAAGAGACACCCACCUCGAAAACAUAAAAAACUUGAACCCAUUGUCCUCCCAAGGAUAUUGUCUGCGGAAGGAAUCACCAAUAAGGAAGGAGCGUUUACUGCAAAGCAAGGAAAGGAAAUAGAAUCUAAAGUACAUACUGCUAACAGAUCUUCAGUAAAUAGACAACACCUCCAAAAUAUGCGAAUGCGAGAACUUCGUAAGUUUGAAGAGAUGAAUCAUUUGCAGACACAGGCAGAGUUGAAGAGAAGAGUCCACAGGGAGGCAAAGAUCGAUAAACAGAAAAUGAGAGAAAUCAAGGGACAGAAAACGAGAGAAAAUGUCCUGAAAAAUAAUGAAGAAGAUGACUUCCUUUCUGUAGAACAUGAUGAAACUUUUAAUAUAGAUCACAGAAAUUCCUGGCCCUGGGGUACGCAUGAAACCCACAAAGUUCCACGUCGUUGCAAAAACAAAAAUAAUACGUUAGAAAUGUGGUUUAAAGACCAAGAGAUACACCGAGUUAUUUACAGCGACAGCUCAAGCAGCGAUUCACUAGACAGCUGGAUUAGGGAAGAUGCAAGAAACCGCCCUAGACCUGCAUUAAUCAGGACAAGAGCUGAAAAAAUCCCAACAUUUGAUGAGUUUUACGAUUGCGAUUACUAAAGGAGGUUAUAUGCUAAGCAAUGACUUGUCAAACAAAAUGCAAAGAUUCCGACCCAAAAAAAUAUCCCAAACUUGCCAAGUUGAAGAGUCUGCCCCUGUUAUAUCUCUCUCAACCAGCCAUAACUGAUUGUUUAGCAAAUAAAGCUGAAAUUUUCAUUUGUAAAACAA